AUGACUGGCCCGACGAACGAAGACUAUGAUGACUUGAUUCUGUCAUGUCGGUAUGGGGAUAUUGAUGAUGUCCGCCUGUUUGUGGAUAAGUUUGGGGUUGAGGCUACUGCGAGUGCAAGGGAUGAGAAUGGAAAUACGGUGCUGCAUAUGGUUUCUGCCAAUGGCCACGAUGAUAUCCUGACCUACCUUCUCCCGCUUCUCCCCUCCGACGAACAAACACCUAUCGACCGUUCAAAAGCUAGCAGGUGCCCAGCCAUCACUGAUCGAUAUCAAAAACGGGGCCGGGAGAACACCGCUGGAGAGGCAGAGCUUGUGGAAUGGGAUGAAGGUGCACAAUGGAUGGUUGGUGCGAUGGAGAUCAACGAGGACGAUAUAAAAGAAGCCUCCACGACCACCAAUAUCAUGUCGAGGUAUAAACUUGUAUUCUUUACUCCUGUAGGGCAAACCCAACGUGUGCUUUCUGCGCUGUUUAAAUCUGUUCCAAAGGAGCUGGGCACGGUUGGCCAGAUCGGCCUGUACCAAGAAUGUGCAUUCGUUUCCCAAGGCACUGGCCAAUUCCGGCCCAUGGCGGGUGCGAAUCCAUCCAUAGGGGACAUAGGCCAAGCCGAAUUAGUCCAAGAAGAAAAAGCCGAAGUUGUAGUUUCCGGCGGACCAGACACGGUCAAGCAUGUCAUCCAGGAGCUACGCAAGGCAAGUCCCCAUUCCACACCCAACCCAACUCGCGAUACCGUCUAA